GUGAUGAGCAAGCCCAUCCGACUCUGGCGGCCACGCCAGACGCGCACCUUUGACGAGGCGGGCAUCACCGUUUUGAAAACCACGUUGCCGCAGGCGUCGCGAACGUCUACUCAAUACGACCUGGCGACACAAUCGCGCGGGAAACCGAACCAUCUGCCGUCCCUAACCUAUUUUUGCUUUCAGGCUCUCCUCGGCUAUCCAGACGAGAUACACACUCUAGGUCCACUUCGUCUUACCUACAGACCUCCGAAGACCCGGGAAGCGCACGACAUCCUGCGCGAGCUCAUUCCAGCAUACAGGCCGGACCGGCCACUCGAUUUGACGCGGGUCGAUCCGCGUCUCUGGGCGCUGCUCGUGCAACUAUACGACGACAUCCCAGCACAGUUUCGUGUGUACACGCUACCUCUUGCUGAUACACACGUCCCCUUGCUGCAACGCAUCCCUCCAACUCCGGAAUUCGCCCUUUUGACGAUCCUUGAGCUCCCGGGGUGCCAGGAGCUUACGGACAAGAACAUUGUGUUGCUCAAGGAGUUGCAUAGCCUCUGCGCAUUUGAUGCGAGUGGUACCGCGCUCGGCACAUGGGGUAUCAAGUCUCUCGCAAAGACUUUGACCAUCUCUGAGGACGAGGAGAUUGAGGAUACGUCUCCCAGGGCCCACAGGCGCGGACCAUGGGGCUUGCGUAUCCUCAGCCUGCGUGACUGCAUCAAUAUUGAGGACAAAGUCUUUGACUGUCUCCCCAUGUUUCCGUUGCUGUCUGUGGUGACAUCCGGGGUACCCGCUGCAGGUACAAAAGUGCAUCUUCCUUCGAACCAUGCCCCCAUGGCCAGCUUUUCCAUCCCACCCCCUUUCCACACGCUCUGUCAACCCUAG